CCUAUAGCGUGUGGCCACCGGGCUGGAAGCUCAGGCGGCCAGAGUUCAUUCCUCGAGAGAUUUGUAUGCAUGUAUACGGAAAGUUGAGCGAGCAUCAUUUGUUUUUCUGCAUUGUCCAUGUGCUGCUGGCUGUACUGUUGUCCGGGCAGUGCCUUUCUGCGGCCCCCGUGCCAGACGUGGUCGUCUUGGGACAUAGGUGCAAUCAUCGCUGCUAUAAUAAUCCACUGCUUCUGAAGGCGCCAACCGUGAAUGCCCCCUCUGAAGCGAGGACAACUAAAUUAUGUUGUUCUUCUUUGUUCAUGUUCGGAACUAAACGCAGUGCCCUGCUAAAACGCCUGUCUAAAAUUCCGUCGCAUGAAACCCAACGUACGGUGGAAACCUUGUUAAAACGACUUAACGUAGCUCAGCUUGAAGCCCUGGCGACAUCCGUAGAGACACGGGGUGCUGAGGAGGCGCCCUGCAUCCUUUUGCCGGUGGGAGAACUGCGGCUGGGCCGUGGGUCACCCAUUUCGGCGCAUGUUCUUUUCUGCCAGCUAUUUAGGUGGAUUGACUUGGUUUCACCACACGAGCUGAGGCGGUUACCUAACUGCCUGUCGCCCCAAGACAGAUUCACCAUAUGCUGCAAUCCUUAUCAUUGGAGUAGGCUUUAUAAGCCAGAUUCUCCACCACCGCCAUAUACCAGGCAUCCUCAGGAAUUAAAAGUAGAAGAUAGUGUACCCAGUGAACCACUAUCUAGGUUUACCAGUCAUCUUACUGAAUCCAGCGAAUCAUCUUUGACAUGGUGCAAUAUUGCAUACUGGGAAUUGUCCAGUCGUGUUGGAAGACUGUUACCAGUUACUCAACCAACAAUAAAUGUGUUCGCCAAUCUACCUCAUGGUGAUGGCUUGUGCCUUGAAACUUUAACACAGUAUCGUAACACAGAGAACUCCUCCGUUCAGCAGACUAGGACUAAAGUAGGACAUGGGAUUACACUCUUCAGGGAGAAUCAAGCUGUUUGGAUGUAUAAUCGUUCUGGUUACUCGGUGUUUGUGAAUUCUCCUACUUUGGAUCCGCCUAAUACAAGGAAUUUAACUGUGCAUAAAGUACUACCAGGAUAUUCUAUCAAGAUCUUUGACUAUGAGAGGUCAAAAUAUAAUCAGAGGUGUCGAGACCCAUCCAUGCUGAAGGAUGGGCCCUUUGAUCCUCAUGCCGUCCGAAUCAGUUUUGUUAAAGGCUGGGGCUCCAAUUACUCCAGACGUUUUGUUACCUCUUGUCCUUGUUGGUUAGAAGUGAUGUUUUUAGUCAAUAGGUGACAGAAAUAAGAUAGUGCCAUUUCCAGAAGAACUGCUUCUUCAUUGGCUGUUGCUAGUCGAGCUUAGUACCGUUGUGCCAUUGGCUGGCCAUUGCAAGGCAGCACAAGAUUGGUGCCAAGUGAAAAAGAUCGUUUUGAAGCUGGAUUAGCAAUCUUUUGGGUUCCUCAGGAUUUCAUCCAACUUAAUGACUUGUAAGGUGGUGAUAGUAAAGCUUCAGUGAUAACUUUUUCAUACUUUCUCUGCCAAGUUUUCAGUUGCAAAAAUUUCCAUUUUUGUAUAUUAUCUUAAUUUAAUUUUGCAUUAAAGAUCCUGAUGCAUUAGUUUAUGACCACCACCAUACAUUUCAUUUCAACUAGAUGAUUAGAUUGCAAGUAUUACUGGUUAACCCACCAUAUUAUGUAAUUAUGAAAUAUUUAUUUAAAUUUAAUGCAAAAGCUGCCAUAUUUCAGCUGUCUAUAUGUUGUUAAGUUUUUAUCUGUACUUGAAAAUAGAUAUAAUAGUGAUACUUCAUGCUUAAAUGUCCCACAGAACUGGUAUUUAUAACAUCAAAUCACUUUGUUUGAUUUUUUGAAAGUUUAAAUCUGUCUUCUAGUAAUAUGUCUAUUUUAGAAGCUUUUUUUCAAUAACUGGGACCAAAAUUCUUUUUAAGCAUUGUGGAAAACUUGAGCUCAUCUUCAGUUCCUUUUUCCAUGUAUGAUACUAAAGUUAAUGAACUAUAUUAUUGAUGCGCUUGAAAUAUCCACAAUGCUUUGCAUUUAAAUGCUUUAAUAAUCUUAGGAAACCCUUAAUUGUGCCAUGUUCUCUAAAUGCCUUAAUUUUUCCCUGUGUGACAUUUUAUGUUUAUUGUAUAUAUAUGUACAGUAUAAAUUUUAUUAAAAGUGAAUAAUCAAAAAGAUACUAUUGUUAAUGAAUAAAACCAGUAUGGAAUUGCAAACUAGACUUCCAUGCAAAGAAAAGGUUUUGAAUGUAGCCAUGUUUUGAUAGAAUGAUUGUUGCAUUAUAUUUUUUGAUAGGCCCAUUGUCAUUUGUUAUUGAAGUAAUGGUAUAGUAAUGAUAAAUCAGUUGUGACUAAAUGAUAUCUAGAAUUACUAAAUGCUCUCUCUCUCUCUCCCCUCCCCCCGUUUUUUUUUUUUUUUUUUUUUUUUUUUUUUUUUUUUUAUAAAAUUUUUAACUUGGCCCAAUUGUUUUGAGAUUUGGUGAAGGAAUAAAUAUAUUUGGGUUGAUCAACUGAUAUGAUAGCAUUCUUAAUAUCUUUUAUGCAAAUGCAUCAGUUAUAUCUUGCUGAAAUUGGACUUGUAUUCUUUAUCAAAGAUUCUGCACCAUUAACAUAGUUACAAUGCCUGAAAUGAGCUUUUGCUGUCACUCAUUGAAAAAAAAAUCUGAAGGCAAAUAUGAUCAUAAAGUGAAGCUUUUAAAGACCUCUGAAUAGUUCUGAAUCUUAAAUUUCCAGUGUUUUUUAAUUAACCCCCUUGAUUUUUUUCAAUAGCUGAUGUAUAUAUAGCCAUUCAUAUUUAAGCAGAUACAGUUGUAUGUUGAAUGGUGCAGGUUUUUUUUUUUUUUUUUUUUUUUUUUUUUUUUUUAAGAGCUGAAAGAGUUUGGCAGGGGGAGAAACCAGCAUAAUUUUCUCUCUUCAGAUGUACAGAUCUUCUUAAAAAUUGAAUAAAAACAUUGAUAAUCCAAGGUGGAAUUUUUGCAUAAAGUUUAAAUUGAUAUGGCCUGUUAUGUUUGUACUUAAAAAUUAUUUAGAAAUUUUUAAAAAAGAAAAUUUGUAAAUAGGCAUAUUGGUAUGUAUCAGUCAGCCAGUGUGUUUUAAAUUGCUGUUUUGUAAUUGAAUAACCAUUUUUUACCUUUUUUAUGAGAUAAUUUAUUACCUGUGCAAAAAUUAAGGACAUUAUAAAUGUGUAGGAAGAUCAGAGGGUACUUCUUAAUCAGUAUUUCAUAGUCACUCCCUCCAGUCUUUCUUGCUGUCCUUUAUUUUUAUUGCAGCACCUGUCUCAAAUUUAGUAUUUUAAAAUAGUCAUUUAGUUGAUCAACCUAGAUAUAUGGCAGAAAUAUUACUGUACCUACCAAUUCAUUGUUUGAAAACCUUUGCCUUUGCCUUUCCUGAGUGAGUAGUUACUGAAGAAUAUUGGUGACUUUUGUAGUUGAUUUGAGUAAUAUGAAUUGAAAAAACUUGCUGAAGUAUGUCAGUGCUUUUGCCUUAACAUCGUACUAGUGUACAAAUUUGUGCAUAGAAGUUUUAAAGCAAUGAAAUUCUGCUACAGUCUUUUUCCUCCUGCAAGUACAAAAUAUGUCAUUAAAAGUGCAUUUAUAAUGGUCUUGUGACUCUUUAACAUGACUGUUUCUCAUUAUGCAGAGCUUAGUCAGCUGCUGAAUGGUUUGAAAACCUACGUUUGCAUAUCCCUCAGUUUAUUCGAUAUGUUAUUAUUAGGUGCAAAUAGUCGCUUAGUUUCCCUAUUGAUUUCGCAUGUUAAAGCAAUUAGAUUUUCCAAUAUAAUCAUAUUAAUUUAAAAAUCAAGAGGAUUUUUUUUAAAAAAUUCAUCAUGCAUCGUCAAUCUAGUCUAGUGAUAACAGAGCAUUUUGUCGAAAAUGCGCUGUUAAGAAAGAUGUGUAUUCAUUUAUAGUUCACCAUUUUGUCCUGCAUCAAUAACUACAAUUGUUUAAAAAGUGUAUGUACAUGAACUAGUGCUAACAGCGAAAUUUCUAUCAGGUGUUAUUUCUUUAUAAAAAAUAAAAAUAGCUUUUCAUUAUGCUUGAAUUUAGAUACUUUUGGAUUAUCUGCACCCCUCAAUUUCGACUAAGCAGAAUUCCCUGUUUUGGGCACUGUUUUUUUUUUUUAACACAUAGCAUUUGUAUUUUAGGGUAAUUUCGCAUAAUGGUAUCCACUGGCUGUAAAAAUGUAAAUAUAAAUUAUUUAGGUUCUUUCUUAAAAAUUUCUCAUUUCUUAUGAAAUGCUUAAAUUGUUUUUAUUUAUUAAUAGAACAGUACAUACUUAUGAGCUGUAAGGAUAACCAAACAAAUGUUAAGAAAACUAAUUCACAAAGUCACCAAUGAGUUAGCUACUUGUGGUGGCAGAGCAGAUAAUUAGAAUGUACCAAAGUUUAUUUUGGGCAGUUUAAUAAAGUUUUAGGUGUAGUUUAAUGAAACUUCCUUAAGCUUCUUCAUGUUUUACACUGUCCCUUUUGAAUUUUUAUUUCUGUAAAAUGAAGAAUUUAGAUUUUGUUAGUGCAAAAUUUAAGAUUUACUUUUUUGUCUCAUGUUUCAAACAAAACUAAGAAAGUGAUGAUCUAUAAUUAAAUUUGUUAAAAGUAUCCUGUGUAGUGAGUACAUAGCAUCAUAAGUGAUUAAUUUUUAUUCUGUAACCAAUUUCAUCUUUCUUUGUAAUGUUAUUAUUUUCAGUUUGAGAGCAAAAUUUCGUAAACUGAGGGAUAUUUGUAAAUUUAUCUGUUAAAUAAUUUUAUAAAAAAUCACUUUUCUUUCUUGUGCAAUGGCAGCUGUUUUGUUCAGGUGGUUUCAGAGCCGUUUUUUUAUUUGGUUAUUCCAUUAAGAAAUAAAUAAAUUUUUUUGUAGUUCACUUAAUUUGGUUUUCUUGCUUGGGCAUUAAUGAAAAGUAUUGCACAGGGUGUACCAAUUUUAUGGCCUAGUGAACAUUUGCCUAAUAGUACAUUUGAACACAACUAUUUUAUGGUGCUAAAAUAUUUAAUGAAUGAAUUUUGUCUCUGAGUGCUAGUAGGAGAUCUAUUUUUAAUUAUUGAAGCCAUGUUGUGUGACUAGUGGGCAGAGCAUAUAGCACUUAAAAAUAUUUUCAUUUAAAGAAACUUUGUUUAAAAUUUGUCAGUUCUUGUCCUUUCUGUGUAAUGUGUUACUUGUACUAAUAUAAAGUAUUUAUAUCUUUCAUAUUUACACACAAUUACUAGUAAUUUUCUAAAUUAAGUGUCAGCUUGCAUAUCAUUUUUCUCUUUUAAAAGAUGUUUCUUCAGGUUGUGGAAAAGUGCAUUUUGUGUAAAAUGAGAGAAUCAAAUACAAACUGAGUGAGUUCUGUGUCUUUUGGAAAUCAUUGUAUAGUAAAUGAUGAUUAUUGUAUUCUGUUACUUGCAGAGAGUAAGGGAUAAAUACUAAAGACUAAAACCUAAAAACUGUAAAAAAGUACUUUUCCCCCCUAGCACUUUACUUGAUUCUCAGUAUGUUUGGAAUUGGGACUGAAAAAGCAGAUUUUGCAAUUUUCAUAUUUAAAAAUUUCAGAACCACCUUCUUUCCAAUACUUUAUUCACUUGUUUAAAAAAAAUCCAUUGUAUACUAGAUUUUUAAAAUUAUUUUUUAAUAUUAGUUAAAUAAUUAAUCUGCUCCAGUGAGGAAAAUUCAAAAUCUAAUUGCAUUAUACGAUGUAAAAAUGAUCUUGGUUAAAAGAAGCAAAUAAUUAAUACUUACUGGUCCUUAUUCUUUUUUUUUUUUUUUUAAUAUAUAGAACUAAUACAGGUAGAUGGUAGAAAAACUAAUUUAGUUUUUAGAAAUGCCUUGUUUCCUCCCUUUUUUUUAAUAAUUUAAUAUAAAUUUUUGCAUUUGUAGGAUUAGUUCCAUUAAUUAACAUUACCUCAGAAUAUUUUAAUUCAAGUUUUGUAAUUUAACUUAAUUUGAAUAUUACAUUUGUAAUUGAGCAUACUGAGUGCUCGGAUAAAAUCAUUUAAUGAAUUGUAUAAUUAUCAAAUUUUUGCUACUCAUUAAUAUACAUAAGUUAGUUGAGGUCAAUAAGAAUCAUCUACUAUGCAGUAAAAUGUGAUUUUAUAUACUUCCCUGUAUUUAACUCGCUAUAGCUCAAAAAUUGUCUUGCUGGGAUGAUAGCCCAGUGUGCCUAUAAAAUGCUGUAUUGCUUGCCUUAGUCCAACUGCCACAUUGUUAUGCAUUUAUAGAAUAAAAGCUGUUUUUGUGAAUCCCAGGUGUAGCAAAAAAGUUAUUUUUUUAUAAAAUGAAUGUGUGAAUGUAAAAAUUUGUGUUCUUGAAAGCUUGAUGUAUGUAUGCUCUGGCCACUAAACGAAAAUGAAUACCCAUUGUAAAAUAGUGCCUAGAUGCUAAACAAAUGACAGUAAUCAUGGUAUUCUUUUGUACAGUGUAUAUAGUCAUUGAAGCUAUGCUGUAGGCAUAAUUUAGUAGUCUUGUACACAGUUGUACAGUUUUGACGAAAAUAACAUUGUACAAAGGGGCUCUGCCUCGUAACGUUUCUAUAUAAAAAAUUAUUAAGGAAA